AUGAAUAAAACAGAUCGGAGCCAUCAAUUUCUUCGAGUUUUGAGGCAGAACUAUGGACUCCAAUGGCGAUGCACGGGAAAGGCGACUUCACUCCUUUUGUUUCUCUAUUUCGUGCUCCCGUUGUCAACCGCGCAAACCCAAACGAUCCCAGUUCUGCCGCCUCCGGCGCAGUCCAAUCUUAACGGUCCUGUUGCAUCAAGAUUCAAUUCAAAAUUGGCGAUGUUAAUGUUGGUUUUAUGGAUUGCGUGUUUCUUCAUGGGAUAUUAUAGCGUUGACUUAAGGGAGUGGGCGGAAAGGAGAAUUCGACGCCGAAACUUGGAUUCCUAUACGAAUUUGAGGACCCAGUCUAGGAGGUUGACACAUGGAGUAGAUUCGUCAGUAAUUAAAUCUUUCCCGACGUUUCUUUACUCGACGGUUAAAGGACUCGUGAUCGGAAAGGCCGCCCUCGAGUGCGCUAUUUGCUUGAACGAGUUCGAAGACGACGAAACGCUGCGUUUGAUCCCUAAAUGUAGCCACGUGUUCCAUCCCGAUUGCAUCGACGCUUGGCUUUCUUCUCAUUUCACGUGUCCCGUUUGCCGUGCCAAUUUGGCGGUGAAGCCCGGCGAGACCAUUAACCCCGUCGCGGUUCAAGUAAACGAUCCGAUAUCGAAUCCUGAAAACCGAUCUAACGACAAUAAUAUCGGUGACGAAACCAGCGUCAUUGAGAUUAUCAAUCAAGAAACAGACAUAGAAUCACAGGAAGAGAGUUUGAUAAAUCCAAACUCGACAAUGACUCAAAACAAGCCAUGGAAGUUGCCCUGGCUGUUCCACCGAUCUCACUCGACAGGUCACUCACCGGUUCAACUCACUGAAAACCAUGAGCGGUUUACGCUUCGGUUACCGGAAGACGCACAAAAUCAAUUUAUGAAUAACUCAAGCUGCGUGGUGUUCGCCGAGGAGAGAAGUUCAAGAAGGGGAUACAGAAGUAGGAGUUUAGGGAGGAAUUACUUUAACUACGAAAGUUCCCAUCAAUGGGUAUAG